AUGUCAGGGACUGUGCCCAUCACUGAGGUUGCACAAUAUAUGACAUGGUCUUUGAUCUCAUGGGACUAUCUCAUAACCUUUGACGAUGAGCUUGAAGAUCACACUAUUCUGGUUUUCAAGAAGAUUGUGGAUCAAGUUUUUAUUCUUUACAAAUCACUAUCUGGGACUCAUUCUUCGGAUUUUGGAUAUCAUCUGUGCAUCCUGUCCGAUGCUAUUAUCUCCGGCUACUGGAUUUAUGUCCUAUUAGAUGAAGUGCUUGUAAAUACGCUCUGUUAUCUGGGUACUUUUUCCGAGUCCCUUAUAUAUGUGACAUUGCAGCUAUUUAUCAUUGAAAGUAUCCUUGUCCUCCGAAUAUGGGCAAUAAUGGGGAAGCAGCGGUGGAUCUUGUGGACUUUCUUUGGCUUGCUUGCCUGCAGCACAAGCACAUCUAUUGUGAUUUCUCUAUACUUUGCCACUGGCACAGGCUGCUUGGUAUAUGGGAUACUGACCCUCAUAUAUGAGACUAUCAUCUUCAUCUCUGCAGCGUAUUAUGGAAUCAAAGAAUUAGGAGGCAUAAGGUCACUCUUGUUAGGACAUAUGGUCCUGUUGGCAUAUGGCCCUAGGCCUAUUAUGUGUCUACUCUUCCAAGUGUUGGUUGUUUUCAGCAUACUCUGCUCCGUCCCAGUUAUGUCGUUUCUGGAUCCCCACUUGGGCCUAACAAUUAUGAGUGUUACAAUGAAUCAUAUGCUUCUCGGUCUUCAGAAGCAGGCUCUUUCCGAUUCCAUUGUUCAAUAUUCCCAAGGGGUGGAAUUGACGACAUUCAGAUAG